AUGGGCAAGGACACCAUCACUCUCGCUUCCGGCCGUGAGAUGCCCCUCGUGGGCUUCGGUCUGUGGAAAGUUCCCCGCGAGACCUGCGCCGAUACCGUCUACAACGCCAUUAAGACUGGUUACCGCCUCUUCGAUGGCGCCUACGACUAUCAGAAUGAGAAGGAGGCCGGUGAGGGUGUCCGCCGCGCCAUUGCCGACGGCCUGGUAAAACGUGAGGACAUCUUCAUCACCACCAAGCUGUGGAACAACUACCACCGCAAGGAGCAUGCUGUCGCCAUGGCGAAGAAGCAGAACGAGACCUGGGGUCUGGACUACAUUGACCUGUUCCUCAUUCACUUCCCCGUUGCUCUCAAGUACAUUGAGCCCUCCAAGCUCGAGUACCCUUGCUGGUGGAUGGACUCCGCGCAGACCAUCGUCGAGCCCGACAACGUCCCCAUCCGCGAGACCUGGGAGUGCAUGGAGCAGAUCGCAGACGAGGGCAUCGCAAAGUCCAUCGGCGUCUCCAACUUCCAGGCCCAGUCCCUCUACGACAUCCAGUCCUACGCCCGUCACCCCAUCUCCGCCCUGCAGAUCGAGCACCACCCUUACCUCGUCCAGCCCGACCUCAUCUCCAUGGCCCAGGAGAACAAGAUCGCCGUCACGGCCUACUCUUCCUUUGGCCCCCAAUCCUUCCUCGAGAUCUCCAACAAGCGCGCCACCGGCGCCCAGGGCCUCUUCGAGGUCGAUGCCAUCAAGGCGAUCGCGGACAAGUACAAGGUUACCCCUGCGCAGGUCCUGCUGCGCUGGGCUACGCAGCGCGGCGUCGCUGUUAUUCCCAAGAGCAAUAGCCAGCACCGUCUGAAGCAGAAUCUCGAGGUUAACGGCUUCGACUUGACUGCCGAGGAGAUUGAGUCCAUCUCUGACCUUGACCGUGGUCUCCGUUUCAACGACCCUGGUUUCUACCUGCCCCAGCGCCCUCUGCGCAUCUUUGCAUAA